AUGUUUCACACACUGGAUAAGAGGGGCAUCGGGAAUAUAAACUGGUUGCUACCCCAGAGUAAUCUUCAUCCACCUGGUCCAUGCACUUGUCCUACCGGCGCAGUCCUCCUCAAAGAUGGCCUCCCUAAGGAUCAGUAUGAGCAGCUGGUGCAACGUCGAGCUAAAGAGUUCAAACAACACAAAGCCAGGACUACGUCUGUAUUAUCCAGAAUGCUGUUUGCUUCGCCUAACUCUCCUCUGCAGUAUCCUAUUCAGGGUUUUAAAGUACGGCCUUUGACCUCCACUCUCAUACCAGGUUUAGCACUGCAUGCAGAACAAAGAAGCAGCUACAAGGUCUCCUUGAUUGUGUCCAAAGGGGUCCUGACCACAGAGGUUCCAGCUGAAGGCGCGCAGGUCCAAGGUGUUGGUGAGACCAGACUGAUAAUGGAGUCGAGCAGCCUGGUGAUCCUCAAUAAAAUGCUGGCUAAAGUGUCCUAUACCAGCACUGUAUACCAUAUACACACUGGAGACCUCGCAUCCUUCCAGUUUGAGAACCAUGAAGCCGUGUUUCCUAUUACCAUCAAACAGCCUCAACUGCCAGUCCUGUACGACAUGGGAACAGAUAUCAGCUCUCACGUCACCAUCACCACAAAGACAUUCCUGCGCUACACAAAACUCAAGGUGUUGUUGAGUAGCAUCCGGAAAUUCUACAGCAACAUAAACGUCAUUAUUGCAGAUGACAACUUUGAACCAGAGAAAAUGAAUGGAUCCAACAUCCAACACUACAUCAUGCCUCCAGCACAGGGCUGGUUUGCUGGCAGGAAUCUGGCUGUCUCCCAGGUAACCACCAAGUACUUCUUGUGGGUGGACGAUGACUUUGUGUUUACGGAGAAGACGAAGAUCGAGGAGCUGGUGGAGGUGAUGGAGGCGAUCCCCGAACUGGACGUGCUUGGCGGGUCAGUACAAGGGAACCAGUUUUAUUUCUCUCUCAUCUAUGAGGAAGGAGAGGAAUCGGAAGGUGGUUGCCUGCACAGGAAGUCUCAAGGGAAGUUCCAGUCACUUCCUGGUUACCCACGAUGCUAUCUGGCCAGUGGGGUGGUCAACUUCUUCCUGGCUCGUACAGAUGCCAUACAGAGGGUGGGAUUUGACCCUAAGCUCCAGAGGGUAGCGCACUCGGAGUUCUUUAUGGAUGGCAUGGGCUCCUUGCUUGUUGCCACGUGUGGCCACGUGUCCGUUGGCCAUCAGUCCAAAAAAGACCUCAAUGUGAACCCUGCUCGCUACAACAGCUUCAGAAACCCUGGUGGACAGGACAGCAACUUCAAACUGCAGCUUCACUUCUUCAAAAACCACCUAAAGUGUAUUCUGUAUGGAUAGAAGACCACGAGUGGUCAUUGAGAUGUUUGUGUUCAUUUAUCUUCCUUCUCGGUUGUUUUUAUUGUUUGUUCCUUUUGGAUUAGUUUUAUUACGCUGUAAUAAUGAUGUAAUGGCAAUGGUGCAUAUAUAUGAAUAAAUGAUAAUAACUAUAACGA